UACUACUGCUGUGACCUUGCCUUGGACCUGUUGCUAUCUUGUAGCCUAAAGAACCAAAUCCUUGAUGUCACCAAUUUCUUCAUUUCGUCACUGAAGGAGAAGUUGCCAAGACUUCCAGGAUAUGAUCAAACGUCCCCACAAGUAUAAAUAGGAGAGAGCCCUGGAGUUAGUUCAGAGGAAGGAACUGAGAACCCUGGAGCUUAUACUGCUGGAGACCAGAGCUGAACACAGACUUUUCUUUUCCCAGCACCUCCUGAACGUAAGCUCACUAUCGUCAUCAUGAGUCUGUGGAUUUUGUCACUCGGUGCCCUCUUCCUUGUGGACCAGUGUCACUGCAUGUUCCUGGCUAAUAACACCUUCCUGGAGAAUAUAUUGAGCAAAUACAAGGACAGUGCCCCACACUCAAGAAGCAGAAGAGCCAUUUCUAGGUCUGAUAAGGAAGAAAUCCUGCAACUCCACAACAAGCUGCGAGGACAGGUCCACCCAUCAGCUUCAAACAUGGAAUACAUGACAUGGGACGAUGAGCUAGAGAGGUCAUCUGAAGCCUGGGCUCAGCAGUGCAUGUGGGAGCACGGACCUUCCAACCUUAUCAUGUCCAUUGGACAGAACCUGGCAGUGCACUGGGGCAGGUAUCGGACUCCAGCAUUUCAUGUCCAGUCCUGGUAUGAUGAGGUCAAGGAUUACACAUAUCCAUACCCCCAUGAAUGUAACCCCUUCUGUCCAGAACGAUGCUCAGGGCCAAUGUGCACCCAUUACACCCAGAUCGUCUGGGCCACAACCACUAAAGUGGGCUGUGCGGUGAAUGUCUGCAAGAGGAUGAACGUGUGGGGAGAGAUUUGGGAGAACGCUGUCUACCUCGUCUGCAACUAUUCCCCAAAGGGAAACUGGAUUGGUGAAGCCCCUUAUAAGAAUGGCCGACCUUGCUCUGAGUGUCCACCCAUCUAUGGAGGAAACUGCAAAAAUAACCUCUGCUACAAAGGAGACAAGAACACUGGGGCAGUGGAGACUGAUGAAACCAAUGAGAUUGAAUCUCCUCGUAUUCCUGAAGAGACACUGAUCUGGGUGCAUGAAAAGAUCAACAAGCCCAAAGUCGUGCCAAAAACGACGCAGCCAGCCAACGUGAACCUUAUGACUCAAGUCAUCAAAUGUGAAACAAGGAUGAGGGACAAGUGCAAAGGAUCCACCUGUAACAGGUAUUUCUGUCCGGCUGGCUGUGUAAAUAAGAAGGCCAAGAUCUUUGGGACCCUGUUCUAUGACAGUAUGUCCAGCUUGUGCAGAGCAGCCAUACAUUAUGGGGUCAUCGAUAGUAAUGGCGGACUGGUGGACAUAACCCGUAAAGGACAACUUCAGUUCUUUGUCAAGUCCACCAGGAACGGGGUGCAGUCACUGAGUAAAUUUAAACCUGGAAAUUCUUUCAUGGUGUCAAAAGUUACAGUACAGACAAUUGAUUGUUACUCAACAGUAGCCGAGAUCUGUCCUUUUGAGAAGCCAGCAAAACACUGCCCCAGGUUUUCCUGCCCCAGCCAUUGUAAAAAUGAACCUUCGCAUUGGGCUCCAGUCAUUGGCUCGAAUAUUUACGCAGAUACAUCUAGCAUUUGUCGGACGGCUGUACAUGCAGGUGUCAUUAAAGAUGAGUCUGGAGGAUAUGUGGAUGUGAUGCCUGUAGACAAGAAAAAUCAUUAUUUCGGCUCCAACAAAAAUGGGAUCCACUCAGAAAGCAUUAAGAACCGUAAAGAAGGUAAAGCUUUCCGCAUUUUUGCUGUGAAGCAAUAAUAAGAAAACCUAUGGCGGGAUGUUUAUAAACAUUGAGGAGUCCAAAGAUACCCUAUCUUGCCUGCUUUAUGGAAUCGGGACACCCACCAUCUAUCUCAUAAAUGAUAUCUCUAGACUCUGAGGGUUUAUAUGGUGACUGCCUCCAGACCUGGACUCAUCUGCACUACAGAAAUGGUUGUCACUCCAGGGGAAGAAGUGUGUGUCUAGUGAAGACCCUCUGAUAUCUCAGAGGUGAUAGAGGCAUCACCAUUUCCUCUGGCAUGUAGGGUCACUGAUAAGACAACAAAAAUUCUUAUGGAAUUUAGUAAAAAAAUUUUUUUUGGGUUGGAUGCAUUGGGGGUGGAGGCUGGUUGGGCAUGGUGGUACCAUUUCGCCUCCCAGUAUUGUAUAUAUUUACCUUUUGUAUUUUAUUUUAUAUAUUAUUUGGAUGAUUUUCUAUACAGCAGUGCUGGCGCCUUGUUAUUUUAUAUUUGGGAUAAUAUUCAUCUUUGUGUAUUCUUUUCUCUGUAUGUGCUAUGGAUAACAUCAGGAGGACCCCUUCCCCCCCUCACCCACACCUAAACAAUUGUCUGAUGAACGGACUGCACAGGGUUAAUACUUUACAGCUCAUGGUAGUUGGUGUGUGGCAGCACCUGCCUGCAUCCAUGACAUGGAUAUCAAGUGUAUGUACAUAGGAAUCACCCAUCUCUACAGUGAUCUUAUAGACACAGACAGACCCUCAUCCCUACUGAGAAAUAUUUAAGCAUUGGGUCUCUAUUAUGAAGACAGUGACCCCAAAGUCUGACUCAGUAGAUCUGACCAGUUAAAGAGCAUAAUCGCUGUAUAAUAAGAUGAUCUGCCACUUUGUAAUAAACUUGUGUGCAGAGAUAGAUAGAUAUUACAUAUGUAUAAGAAUGCUUCCAUUCACUGACAGCUAGCAAAGAUCCUGAAAGUAAUGAUGAAUUGAAAAAAAAAAAUAUAUAUUUAUAAGGGCAUUGCACACCCCACUCCUUUAAAAUAAAAUCGUGCCAAAUUUAUUAAAAGGCUCUUGCUAUGAGCAGGCUUUGAUUUUUGACAACAAAAUUCUCAAUUUUCUGUAUUUUAAAUGAAUAAGUGUGUCUUAAACAUUCACACUAUACCCACAUAGUGAUCACACCCACUCUUCCAUGUUAUUAUCAAUUUCUGUUGAGUUUGGUGUAAAAGGUUUUGCACAAAAUUAGUGUGCACCGUGAUUUGUGUAGUUUGUGACCAAAACUGGCACAUCAAGCAUUGAUAAACAUGGACUAUAGUUUAAGAAAGUUGUAGAAUUUUCCCUGGUACAAAAUAAAAUUUUAUUUACAGAAGAUUGGACACCUGCCCUUUAAAUGAAUAUCAUGCAAAUGUUACAUACUUGACCACCAACCACGGCAUGGUUUGGAAUCUUUGGCUUGAACUCAAAUCUACACCUGUGAGAUGGUGUAGAUGUCAGCUAUAUUCUAUUGUACACUACAGUACAUAUGUCGGGCUACAUGAAGCCACACCCUACCAAGUGCUCAAUUUUUGGAAAAGUGUCAUGAGCGGAAAAAUUUGAAAAAAAUAAAAAUUAUAAUAAUUCGUUACUUUUUUGUGUAUAAUAAAGCUUGCACAUAAAUUUGUGACUUUUGUACACAAGGAAAUUUCGUAUAUGGUAAAAUAAAUUCCUCCCCUUUUGUUGACUGAAGCCUCCCUUUAAAGGGGUACUAUCGUGUUGACAACUUAUCCCCUAUCUAAAGGAUAGGGGAUAAGUUACCUGAUCACGCAG